AUGUCUUCAAUUUCAAAUCGACAUACCUACUAUGGGGGUGGAUCUAAUACCCAGCAUACCACUAACAUGGUUAGAUCUCCAUCGGAUAGACUUUCAAAACUUAAAAGGAAACAAAUUACGUUUGGCCCUUAUUAUAUCGGAUCUACUUUGGGUGAAGGUGAAUUUGGUAAAGUAAAGUUGGGUUGGACAAGAAAUCCAACGUCAAACCAAGAGGUUUCCAAACAGGUUGCAAUUAAAUUAAUUAGAAGGGAUAAAAUUGUGAAAAAUUCAGAAAAGGAAAUUAAGAUUUUUAGAGAAAUUAAUGCAUUGAAACAUCUGACACAUCCUAAUAUAGUUAAAUUAGAAGAAGUACUCCAAAAUUCCAAAUACAUUGGUAUUGUAUUAGAAUAUGCCUCAGGCGGUGAAUUCUAUAGAUAUAUACAAAGGAAAAGGAGAUUAAAAGAGACUGCUGGUUGCAGAUUAUUCACACAAUUAGUAAGUGGUGUUAAUUAUAUGCAUUCAAAAGGUCUAGUCCAUAGAGAUCUGAAGUUGGAAAAUCUGUUAUUGGAUAAACAUGAAAAUUUAGUGAUAACAGACUUCGGUUUUGUAAAUGAAUUCUUGAAAGAUAAUGAUUUAAUGAAGACUUCCUGUGGUUCACCUUGCUAUGCAGCUCCUGAAUUAGUUAUUAGCACUAAACCUUAUGAAGCUCGCAAGGCUGAUAUUUGGUCUUGUGGUAUCAUUCUUUAUGCAAUGCUUGCUGGAUAUUUACCCUGGGAUGAUGAUCCACAAAAUCCUGAAGGUGAUGACAUUGCGAGAUUAUACUAUUUUAUCACCAGAACAUCUCUAAAGUUUCCAGAAUAUAUUUCCCCUAUCCCUAGAGACUUACUAAGAAGGUUAUUAGUCUCAGAUCCACGAAAAAGAUUGAACAUACGACAAAUCCAACAACAUGAAUGGUUAAGGCCGCAUUCUGAAUUUUUAUCAAUAACUCCAGAAGACUGGGAUAAUAAAAUGAAGACCGAAGUUGCUCUGUCUAAUCCACAACAGAAUAAUGAGAAACUGAAUAAGGCCUCAUCUGUGGAGUCAUCAACGUCAAAAUAUUCUAAUAGUGACAAACGGGACACUUUAAUCAUCGAUACAGCUAUGCUCCUAUCACCUGUACCACCGCAAGAAUAUCAAUCUUAUAUUAUAACAAAACCAUCAUCUGUGAAUGAAGAUACUUCUAGUUCUACACAAAAAAAUAAAAAAAUGCACAGUAGAAGCAACUCGGCGGCAUCAAUAGCAUUACAGGCAGUUGUUGAUGCUGAACUUGAAGCUAGUCAAAGAAAUCAAGACCAUAUCAAUACAGUCAAAAAUGAAGUUAACAGGAAUGAAAAUAUGAACACCAAGGAAAAACGGAGUAACAAUAAUAGUGACAAUAAGAAGCAAGAGUAUAUUAAUUUACAACAAGUUUCUAGAAAUGAUACAAUGCAAGAUAGAAGUAUGGGAAUUCGAGCCGAAUUUAUUCGAUCAGCUGGAAAUAAUGAAAGGGAAGAUAUUCAACUGAAAAAGGUAGAAACAAAUUACAAUGGUGAAAAUUCCACUAGGGGGUCGCAUAAUUCCGGAAAACAUAGAAAACCUAGACCAACUUCUUAUCAUCCUGGAUCUAGUUCUGGAAGGACAAAUUUGUCUCCUUAUGAUUUCAAUACAUUUAAUACUAAUACAGAGAGUUCAACUAAAAAAGUUAUCAGUCAACUUGAAACGUUACAGUUUGAUUCGACACCUUCAUUAAUAGUCGAUACUGAAGCUACAGGCAUGCCUGUUAAUUCGUCUCCAAAGAUCCUCUCUCAACGUUCAUUUUCUAUGAGUAAGCCAUCUUUGGACUUACAAAGUGUUACUGCUGAUUUGAUUAAGUUUCAAGGAGAAAAUGAUUCAGCUGCGAAGUCUAUUCAUGAACAUGUAAUGGGCACUAAUUGGCAAUAUGUUCCACAUUCUAUUAGUUCUCCUAAAAAUUCACUUGGCCGCACUCCUGAAGAGUAUGAUUCGUCUUUACAACAUCCACCAAGUAGCGGAGGUAAAUAUGAAACUGUAUUAACUGAUUCUAAUACAUCAUAUAAUUCUAUUACACAGGAGAGUGAGAAAUCCAAGACCUCUCCGAUGUAUGAAGCAUAUAUGUUUACUGAUGUUUCGACACAAAGAGAUAAAAUCAAAGAGGAAAAGAAGGGAAGUAAAAAGAGAUUCAGCAUUUUAUCAUUUUAUUCCUCAUAUAAUAACAAUUCUAAAACUAGUUUCGAUUCGUCUGAUACAAAGAGCCGCGCAGAUCAUAGUUCCAUUGGAAGCCCCCAAUUGACCCCAGGUCAUGCCACGCAAGGAAGAGCAGAUCUAUCAGUAAGAGAUCGUAAUACUAGAAUGCCUUCAAUGACGAAUAAUACCAAUAAUUCACACUUGAAGAAUGAGAGAAUUAUCUCCCAAGCAGAAAGUGAUAUUGAAGAUGUUUACAGAAGGCGUUCUAGUAAACCAAUUAAGAACGAUAAGCGUUAUUCUAGUAUUGAAAUUGGUAGAGACAAUACCGCCAAUAAAAUAGGUACGAGGAAUAAACGUGCAUCAAUGAUGGUUCCAAAUUUACAAGAGCAUAAUACCAAUAUUCCUGAACUCAGACCCCAACGUGAACAGUCAACCGCCAAAAAAGUAAUUGAUUUCUUUAAGAGAAGAAGCAUGAGAUUAUAA